AUGUCUCUCCCGAUCACUCUCUGGGGCCACGACAGCGGCCCCAACGCUUGGAAAGUGGCCAUGAUCCUCGAGGAGCUUAACAUCCCUUACACGUUCAAGAUGAUCGAAUUCCCGGACAUGAAGAAGGAACCGUACGAGUCGAUUAACCCCAACGGCCGUGUACCUGCGAUUGAGGACCCGAAUACGGGCAUCACGCUGUGGGAGUCGGGCGCCAUCAUCGAAUACCUAGUCGAAACCUACGACAAGCAACACAACAUCAGCUUCGCCCCAGGCUCAAAAGAGGGCUACGAAGCAAAGCAGUGGCUGUUCUACGAGGUAUCUGGCCAGGGCCCUUACUUCGGGCAGGCCGUGUGGUUCACAAUCUACCACCCCGAGAAGCUCCCCAGCGCUGUAGACCGCUACAUCAAUGAGAUCCGUCGCGUCUCUGGCGUCCUCGACCGUGUCCUGCAGGGUAAGGAAUUCCUCGUCGGCGGCAAGUUUAGCUAUGCCGAUGCGGCGUUCGUGACGUGGUAUGCCAUUGUACCCCUUUUCGCUGACAGGAUCAACCUCGAGACCGACUUCCCCAUCCUCAACGCCUGGUUGGAGCGCAUGAAGUCCCGUCCGGCCAUUUCAAAGAUCCUGCAGGACCGGGAAGCGGCUAUGGGGGCCAAGUAA